AUGGACAACAACCAGGACCGGACAUCGGAAGAGAGGAAGGUACGCGUAGCUUCAAAAUUUAUCACCCAAGCACCCCCAGGGGAGUUUAAAGAAGUCCUCAGAGAUAUAAGGCUGCUCCUUAAUAAUGACAACCUCCUCCGGCAAAGGAUAGGACAGGCGGUGGUUCACUAUAACAUGCUUCAGUUUACACCCGUGAAGAUAGAAGGAUAUGAAGACUAUGUUUUAGUUACGAAGCAUGGUUAUCUAGGUAACAACAGAUAUUUUGAUCCAAGAAACAGAAUUUCCUUUACGUUUAAUCACAUCCGAAAAGAAGCAAGUGACCCAAGACUAAUGCUUGUAGAUGGAGAUUUAAAGUUUUGGCGAGAUUCCUGUGACAGGGCUUUAAGAGCAUAUGUGAAACAGUAUUAUCCAACCGGCUAUAGUACCGUUUAUGCUAAAACUAUAAACGGGCAAAAAACCAUUAUUGCGUGUAUUGAGAGCCACCAGUUUCAGCCCCAAAACUUCUGGAAUGGAUGUUGGAGAUCAGAGUGGAAGUUAACCAUCACACCACCUAGAGGCCAGGUAGUUGGAACGCUGAAGACCCACGUUCAUUACUUUGAAAACGGCAACAUUCAGCUGGUUAGCCAGAAGGAUAUACAAGAAUCAUUAAGAGUUUUCGGGAAAGAUCAAGCGGCCAAGGAAUUUGUUAAGAUCAUUGAGUACGAGGAAAGUGCUUUUCAGGCAGCUCUUAAUGAAAACUAUCAAAAAAUGGCACAAACAACAUUCAAAACCUUGCGCCGCCAGCUUCCAAUUACCUGCAGUAAAAUCGACUGGAACAAGUUACCUACCUACAAGAUCGGCAAAGAGCUUAAACGUCUUUAAAGGCCGACUGUAGGAGUCUCCAAUAUGUGGGGGCGGGGAACACCCAACAGGGUGUGCUUAUAUAAUAAAUACAUGAUAAACACGAGUGAUAUCUUGUUAGAUAAUUUAAGAUCUAGUUUCAUGGAAUACUGCUGAAUCUAUAGCACUGUUUUGAUUCUUUUGUGUGUUC